AUUUAUUUUUAAUUUUUAGCCUAAUUUAGCCUAUUUUUAUACAGAAUGUAGCUAAGAAGGCUGCUGCUUGUCAGGUGUUUCGCAGCUCGAGCUGCUCAUCAGUCAGCCAGUCAUCCAGUCACUCAAUCGGAGUCAAGCAAGCCGGUCGAAAGUCAAGUCAGAAGUUGUCAGCCACUUGGUGUGGAGAAGAAAUGGAAAUUCCCUGUUUAUAAUUUAUGAGAGGGAAAGACAGACGGGAGACGAGCGACGAGCGACGAGAAACAAAAGGACACGCCAAGUGACUGCACUUGGGGAUUUGGAGAUUUACAUGCAUAAGGAAUGGCCACUUGACAUGUUGGGUCGUCCUCCAUCUCCUUCGCUUGCCCACCUGUUGGCAUGAAUAAUGAAUAAAAUGGAGGCGCCUCCAACUGUGACAGAUAGUUUAAGCAACUAAAUGAGUUCUCCAGUCAAAUUAAAAAUAUCUCCUGAGGGAAAAUUGCUUAUAGUGACUGACUAUAGAGGUUAUAAGCCCUUCUUUGAUCCACAGAGAGGCGUUUUGAAGCCCAUCCAAGAACAUAUCAAUAAUGUUCCCAAUCCCAUCCAAGAACCGCCAAAGAAAACUUUACCACCUGGGAAAACAGAGUCUUUAUUAAGGCAAAUACCACCAGAACCACAGCCUGUGAGCACUGAAAAUAAUCCAAAACUCAUUUCACACACACCCAAUAAGCAAGAAUCGCUUUUGACACCUCGAACGGUAGUUGACUACUCAAAAUGCUUUCUCUAUGAUCCACAGAGAAACCUUUUAAAGCCCAUCCAUGAACCUAUGAAUAAUGUUCCUAAUCCCAUCCAAGAACCACCUGGGAAAACAGAAUCUUUAUUAAGGCAAAUACCACCAGAACCACAGCCUGUGAGCACUGAAAAUAAUCCAAAACUCAUUUCACACACACCCAAAAAGCAAGAAUCGCUUUUGAAACCUCGACUGGUAGUCGACUACUCAAAAUGCUUUCUCCAUGAUCCACAGAGAAGCAUUUUAAAGCCCAUCCAUGACCGUAUGAAUAAUGUUCCUAACCCCAUACAAGAACCGCCAAAGAAAACUACACCACCAGGGAAAACAGAGCCUUUAUCAAUCCAAAUACCAUUGGAAUCAACUUCUCCACCGAGGAAAAUAGAAAAAAAACAACCGAAACAAUAUCCACCACCUAAAAGCAUCGGUGAGCUAUUGGCCUCCGGGGCUGUGACUUCAAUUCAGCCUAUGAACGCUGCACAUUAUCCAAAACACAUUUCACAUGCACCCAAACAGCAAGAAUCGCUUUCACAACUUCGACCUGGAGUCGACCACACAAAAUGUUUUCUCUUUGAUCCACAGAGAAGCCUUUUAAUGCCCACCCACGAACGUAUGAAUAAUGUUCCUAAUCCCAUCCAAGAACCGCCAAAGAAAACUUCACCACCAGGGAAAACAGAGUCUUUAUCAAGCCAAAUAGCAUUAGAACAACAGCGUAUGAACAUUGAACAUAAUUCAAAACACAUUGCACUCACAUCCAAAAAGGAAGAAUCGCCUUUGAAACCUCCGCCGGAAGUCGACUACUCAAAAAUCAUGACACUCGAGGAAAUCGAAGAGGAACUUCGAAAUCCAGUCCAGGAUGAAAUGAUUAUGUCGACGCCGAUCGGUGAGGAUACUCUGGCCCUCGUCGCGGCCGAUUGCACCUUUCCGAUUCCCCGUUCGAUUUGGAAUUUGCAUAUCCUGCGAACCGAAAGUGCGGUUGCAAGCGGAAAAGAGGAGGACCUUCGCAGGAGGAGCAGAGGAGGAUUCUUUGCCGCAGAUCCGCUGAAGCGGGAGGAAGGCCGCCACGUUGGAAGGAAAACGGCUUUUCACGGCAGUUAAUAAAUUUUUAACUGGUUCAACAAUUGCCCGCGAAUUCCGCCAG